UCACAUCCUCCGUGGCUGACAGAAAGCAUAUAAGAGGCUGAGCUGUAUCCCGGUGCCUUAACAAACUGUGUACGAGCAGAAAUCAGCCAAGAUGAUUCUGAAUUUGACAAAUGAGGUCUUCUGUUCCUUUGUCUUCUAUGCCGUCCUCUUGCUUAUUAAGAUGUUCGCUCUCGCGGUGCUGACAGGCCAAGUCAGACUACGUAAAAAGGCUUUCGCCAAUCCAGAAGAUGCUCUGAGGCAUGGAGACCUGAAGCUGUGCCGAACAGACCCAGAUGUGGAGCGUUGUCGGAGGGCUCACCGUAACGAUAUGGAGUGCAUCUAUCCCUUCUUCUUCCUGGGCGUGCUGUACUGUUUCCUGGACCCCAGUCCGUCCAUUGCAAGGAUCCACUUCAGGAUUUUCUUCCUGGCCAGAUUGCUUCACACCGUGGCCUAUCUGUUCGCCCUGAAGGCCCCAACCAGAUCCCUGGCCUACACUGUGGGGCAGAUCCCAUGUUUCUCCAUGGCCCUCAAGAUUCUCAUCAGUGUUGCCUCCUACUGGUGAAGGAAGGGUGGACUGCUCAUUGUUUGAAGGAAUGAAUCUGAUCCAAUUCCACUGGGUCAUUGCAGGAUUCCCUUUAACUGCCUACAUCUCUGGGACUGGAGGCUUGAGGAAGUAACAGACCGGUCAGAGCUCAGUCUGUGAUCCUGGACAAAGGACCAGACAAAUCACCUUUCUGAUGAUUUAACCAAAGCUUAUAAUUGGGUGCAGUGUUAGACCCACAUCAACUCUACUCACCUUACUGAUGUCAGCUUAAAACAACCCCUUACCCCACCAGUGGCACCUGGGCAGAUUUAGAUUGCAUGUAUUGUGGAAUAUCUGAUCCAGUUUUAUCCACCCCUCAUUGAAGUCAACAAAAAUUAAAUGAUAAUAAGUUAAUGGUACAGUUAUUUACAAUAUCAGUCUGUCAUUUUAAUGCACCAGGUUGCUAUGUCAUA